CCCCUGCCCGCCCUCUACCCCCAGAUCAAGUCCCAGCAGAGCGAGGUGACCCGCAUCCUGGAUGGGAAGCGCAUCCAGUACCAGCUAGUGGACAUCUCCCAGGACAACGCCCUGCGGGAUGAGAUGCGAGCCUUGGCGGGCAACCCCAAGGCCACCCCACCCCAGAUUGUCAACGGGGACCAGUACUGUGGGGACUAUGAGCUUUUCGUGGAGGCUGUGGAACAAAACACACUGCAGGAGUUCCUGAAACUGGCCUGAGCCCACUGGACUCCAUCACCACGUCCCCCCGCAGCCACCGCCGGCCAUGAAGGACCUUGUGACCAACUCCCUGUCAUUCCUAGCCUUCCGACCUUAGAAUCUCUCCCCGCAACCCAAGCCCUCCUCCUCCCCCUCUCUAAUUUAGCCCCCUCUUCUCCAUUCAAAGGCAACAUUCCUUACCCACUAGUCUCAGAAAUUGUCUUAAGCAACAGCCCAAGUGCUGGCUGUUGUCAGCCAGGCCCUGAGGCUGCCACCCUGCCUGGCACUGGCUGAUGGGCACCUUUGUGGGUUCCAUUAGCCAGGGCUCUGCCAAAGGCCCCGCAUUCCUUGUCCCCUAGAGACAAUUAAAUGUCCCAUUCCACUGA